GGAGCCGGUAAGGCAGAGUAACUGGUAAGUUCGAUGGCCACCCUCACUUGUCAAACUUAACUGCCCUGCCUUUUCCUUUCCUCUCUUUCGGGGAAUCUGGCCUUUCUUCAAGAGUUACCCCUGCUAUGCCCUCCUGCUCGUAACUCCCGUCGUUCCAUUGUGGUCCGCCAGAGACGUCACCAAUCCCUCCACCCUGCGGAGAGCUGAGCUGAGUCUCCGUCACCCAUCAUGCCUCUCUCAUCCUUCCUUCCCCAUGUUCCAUAUCCACCCUCCAGGGAAGGAUAUUGGAGUCCCGUCACAUCUACGCUGAAUUGGUGCGAGGAGGAUUACUAUGCCACCAUCUACUCCGCAGAGAUCGUCAACACCCUGACAAACCUGCUCUUUAUGGCCCUUGGAAUCAAGGGUUUCUUAAGUUGUCGUCGCAAUGGACAUGAUUCUAUCUUCCAGGUCGCUUACCUUGGCUAUCUGCUGGUCGGAACUGGGAGCUUCCUCUUCCAUUCAACGUUGAAAUAUCCCAUGCAACUGGUCGAUGAACUGUCCAUGAUAUACACCACGUGUCUGAUGUGCUAUGCGUCCUUCUCAUACUCCAGACCGAAUGGCUUCCGCGUCAUCCUGGGCAUCUUCCUUGCCAGUUUGGCGAUCUUCAUCACCCUUUACUACCACUACCUCCAGGACCCCCUGUUCCACCAGAACGCAUAUGGCAUCUUGACAGCCAUCGUCCUCAUCCGCAGCAUGUACACCAUGGAGGUGACGCUGCGUCCUCGCUGGCGUCAUUCGACGGAGGAGGACAGGCUUGCGCGUGAGAAGCAGGGCCUGCCUGUUCCGACCAAGGAACACCAACAUUACGAAAAUGUACGGGACAUCAAGACUCUCAAGACCAUGUGGUUCAUGGUUAUUUACGGUUUGAGCGUGUUCCUGGGCGGAUUUGCCAUCUGGGGCCUGGACAAUGCCUUCUGUUCGAAGAUCCGCGGAUGGCGCCGGCAAGUGGGUCUUCCCUGGGGUAUUCUACUGGAAGGCCAUGGUUGGUGGCAUCUGAUGACUGGCCUUGGGGCCUAUAUGUACCUCGUUUGGGGCAUCUGGCUUCGGCACUGCUUGAACAACCGCCAAGAGGAGUACCAUCUCUGGUGGCCUCGCUUUUGGAACAUCCCCGAGGUUCUCCGCACCAGCGCCCCAGGCAAGGGCGCGAACGGGGUGGCCAAGAAAUCAAAUUAACUGGACUCAUUCCUACCCUUAUUUCCUUGGUGUUUUAGACCUGACCUCUUGAGGAGCCUCGAGGACUGGAGCUUCGAGUGCUCUUCUGCGUCAGGAUGAUCGCUCACUUACAGUUUUGUUGAUCGGGUUGCUUAUAGACCUGCUCUGAGCUGCUCAGAAGUAUACCAUUAUAUCCUAUAGAUAAGAAAUUGAGACCAAGAGAUAAAUAUAGAUCUCUC